GCCAUGACAACAGGCAAACUUUAACAUGGCGUCGCUUUUGACAGACCCGUUGUUUGAAAUCUCUGGAGGGGGUCCUCCACCAAAUAAGAACUUUUAUCAUUUUGCUGUCACCAAGUCAGAUGUGAUAUGGAGGUGGUGGAAGAUUUCUCUGAGGACUGUAGACAGAUACUCAAAGCCAGGGGAGCUGAGGGAGUCUCAUCAGGACUUCUUGGAUGACAGCUGGUUGCAGAGUGAGGUCAGUAUGGUUUUUGGCCGACGAAUCUUGCAGUACACCAAGGGAUUGUGCCAAGGCCAUUAUGAUUAUCUGGAACACCUGUCUGACUCCUUACUUCUUCGGAUAAUAAAUUAUCUGGAGCUAGAAGAUGUAGGUCAGCUUGGACGAACGUCACGCAGGUUCAGGCGGCUAUGUGGGUCAGAGGAGUUCUGGGAGCAGGCACUACGGCGGCGCUGCAACACAGUUUCGGUUGAGGUUUCCUCUCUGGCACUAGAGAUAGGCUGGCGCAGCAUCUUCUUCACCAGCAAGCUGCAGCUGCAGAAGAUGAUCAGCCGCAGGAGACUGAGGACUGAGGAGCAACAGGAAGAACAGGUCGCUGACCCAGAUACAAAGGCAGAGGAAUCUCCUGGUGAAAGUUCAGAGACAGAGCACACGUCCAGUUCUGAGGAGGAAUCUCGCCCUGGUAUUAUCCCUGAUCUAAGCCUUGGCACUGGCACUGGCAUUGGCGUUGACACCAGCUCUUGCUGUGAUGUUGAUCCUGACCGUAACCCUGAACCCGAGCUUGGCUCUGAUUCCAAUGUGGCUGUGCCUGAAAGAUUGUUGGAGGAACUUAAGCACGGUGGGGUGGCGGCACCAGCUCUGAGCAGUGAACUUAGCAAUGCUAGAGGGGACUGCAGUGCAGAGCCAGAAAAGACACAGAGUUAAGCUUUUUGUCAACUUGUGUUGCCCAUGUUUCAGGCUUACUGUUGUAUUGAUAUGCCAUUAAUUAGUUGUCAAUGGAUAUUUGGGGAGAUUUUCAUUAGUUGUGCCAUGACUUUUCAGACCUAGAAUAUAUUAAUAAGAGAAUAAGAGAUAUAACAUGAUAUAGUAGAUUCUAUCAAUUGUUCAUUAUAAUAUAGAAGUUUUAAUUUUGUAAGUUGUGAAUUUAACAUACAAUAUACAGUUCUACUGCCUCUGGAUGAUGUCAUUCAUGAACUAAUUCUGAGUAAAACCUCAGUUGCUACUUGCUGCUCUGGUAGGAUGAGGCUCAGCUUUACCUGAGGGGACACAAACACUGUGAUUCAGAGUAAACCAGGAACAGGUCAUUAAAGUCAAGGUUGUAUCUUGAACAAGCAGGAGCUCCUCCAGCUCCUCCUAUGAGCUGGCAAGGUGUCAGGAGAUGUAGUCCCCAGUUCUCCCAUCAGCUAGCACCCACAACUCUGCAGAGGAGAGGUGCCAUGCCAUCCUUGUCAGGUACCCAAGCUACUUCAUCUAGCUGCUUUUAGAGUUAUGGAAUCCCACUUUAAAACAGAGAGUAAAGACAUUUUAGUUGUACUUUUAAGUUUUUAAACAUUUAAAUUGAAGCAAUGCAAUUGUUCUAAAUGGAAGGGCCAUUUUGUAAAAGGUUUGUUUGCACAGUUGAAAUGGAAGUUAUCAAUGUGAACCAGUUUGAGUAUUUAGUAAAAUAUUAAUGUCACAUGACAACUGAUUCAUUGGAAUACGAUGGAUCUCUGUGAUUCUUCUGUGUGUUUUCUGUUUUCUAAAGUAAAGCUUUAUAUUUAAAUCAGACAUGCAACUGAAUCUGAGGUUUAACUGGCUGCAAUUUAAUUUUUUGAUCUUAUGUAUUACAUCGUCAAGGAUGUAGCUUUCCCAACUAAUGAAUAUUUAACAACCAACAAGUAUAAAGUACUUAAAAUAUGACAUCCAACUGGUGAUCCCAGUAAGGGAACGAGAGUCAUUAAUGUAGUUUCCACAGGUAUGCUAAUAACUGAUAUCAGUUUGAUACAAGUAAGAGGUAACCCAGCCCAGUACCAGCAGUGCAAUAGUUAAGGAUAAUCCAGAUUCAGUAUUGAAUGCACACUUUCUGACCAAUUAGAAAAAAGUGUUAGACCAGAACAAAGUAUAAAUUGCUCUAAUUAUAUAGGCUAUUAUUAAUCUAUAUCAUAAAGAGUUGAACGACUGCCCAAACAUAAAUAAACUUAUGUUUAGUUGGAUUAA